GGGGUGAUUCCGCCCCUCACAUUCAAAGACGCAAACUUUAGCAUUAACCUUCUAUACGUACUCCCAUUGUCGAUCUGCAUUUCGACUGGGUAUGGCCUCCCCUGACGAUUACUCCGUCGGGUGGGUUUGCACACUGCCCAUCGAGGUAGAGGCUGCCAAAGCUACGUUCGACUGCAUUCAUGACAACUUGCUACCUCCGAAUCUGGACCUCAACAACAACAACAACAACUAUAUUCUGGGAAGUCUUCAAGGCCAUAAUGUCAUACUGGCAUAUCCGAAUUGCUGUGCGUGUGAGGAUGGUGAAGAUGAUGAUAAACCCUCCUUGUCGGACGUUGCUACGCAGUUACAGGCAAAUUUCGCAUCUGUUCGGAUCAUACUGAUGGUUGGUAUUGCGGGUGCGGUUCCAAACACGAACGAGGAUAUUCGUCUUGGUGAUAUUGUUGUAAGCAAUUCGGCAGUCGGUCGGCCGGGUGCCAUUCAGUAUGCCGCGAACGGAGAGCAAAUGGAAGAUCAAAUUCUUCGCGGUAGAGCGUUAGGACAACCGACUUCAUCACUGCUUCUCACAGCAACGAGGAAAGCCGAGACAGCCGCCAUCUUCGGCGACAGUAAGAUAGAUCAGUACGUCGCCGACAUCGUUCGCAAAGACCCCGUCAUCUUCUCCCGGCCAAGUCCUGAACAAGACUUUCUCUUCGAGCCGAAUUAUGGACAGGCAACUAUUGAUUCCGGAGAAAGCGCGUGCAGAGAUUGCAACCCAGGGAGAGUCCGGUCCCGGCAGCCUCGAGAGACACCGAGACCUACAGUGCAUUAUGGCCUUAUCGCUACCGGUCAUCAUGCGGUGCGUCACGGAGCAACUAGAGACACAUUGCCGUACAAGCAAGGCGUGUUGAGUUCUGAGACGGGCGCGAUCGGCUUGAAAGAUGCUGCCCAAUACUUGAUUAUCCGAGGUAUCUGCAACUAUGCAGAUUCGCAUCGCUCGAAGCUCUGGCACCCCUAUGCCGCAGUGGCCGCAGCAGCGUACGCAAAGGAAGUCCUUUCGUUCAUACCCAAGACUUUCAAGACAGUACCUCUGACACCCAGCACCGAGGCUGGGCCCAUUCUCAGCGCUUUGCUCUUGACCAGACCAGAGGUUGACCGAAAGUCGCUGAUUCUACUGAAAGGGCGCAGAGCCGACGGCACGUGCGAAUGGCUCCUACAGCAUCCCCGCUAUCAGGAGUGGUUGUCAAACCCAAAUCAACCACUACUUUGGAUCUCGGGUGGCCCUGGAAAAGGAAAAACCAUGUUGGCGAUCUAUAUUACAGAAGUGUUAGAGCCGGUGGGUGGUGGUGGUGGUGGUGUCACCGGCGAUGUUCUUCUCUACUAUUUCUGUAGUAACCGCGAUAAGAAUCGGAAUACGGCCUUGACCAUACUGAGAGGCCUCAUACACCAGUGGAUCGAUCUUCAACCGCACCUGGCCCAAUGCAUCAAGAACUCCUUUGAGGGCACUGAGACAACCAAGUACACCGUUUCCAGCUUUGUCGCCCUGUGGAGUGUAUUCCUCACGAUGCUUCAACAUAGUGGGUCUUCCCAGGUGGUCUGUGUGCUGGACGGCUUGGAUGAAUGCGAGAAGGAAUUGCUCGGCCAGUUUCUCGAUGCCGUUGGGAACUAUUUGUCAAAAACCCCAAAAGUGGGAAGGCCACGACUGAAGCUCAUUUUGCUCUCCCGGCCCCACCCAGCUAUCUCGGAGAGCAGACUUGGUCAGUAUCUGCACAUCAAAUUGGACGACUCCAAUGCGGAGAUAGCAGGUGAUGUCAAGAGGUACAUCUCUGCCAAAGUCACCGAACUGGCAUCCGAGCAAAAUCUCUCCGACGGAAUGGUUGCGCAAGUUCGGCAGGCAUUAUUGGCCGGCGCCGAUGGCACCUUCUUGUGGGUGGGCUUUGUUGCCAAUGAGCUUCAGGGGCGAAGUUGGGACAGAAUCAACGAAAUCAUCCAUCAGAUUCCUAAAGGCCUAGCUGGAGUAUAUCAACGGCUGCUCCAGCAAAUUGCCGACAAGGAAGCGCUGGUGCCCAUUCUCCAAUGGGUGGUUCUCGCUGCCCGGCCCCUCACAAUUGACGAAUUGACAGCGGCCACAGACAUCAAGGCAUCCGGCACCCUUACCGCAACCGAAGUCACCAAGGGUCGGCUUAGGCUCUGCGGGCCGCUCGUGAAGAUCGAAGGAGAUGUAGUGAACCUGGUCCACCAGUCGGCGAAAGAAUUCUUCCAGAGCAACCAAGUCAACGUCAAGGGGAUCAGCAUGUUCUACAUGGACCAGAGCACCCACAGGACUCUCAUGCGGACCUGCCUCGCACACGUCGAGCGUUGUUACGUCUCCACCGGAGCGAUCGAUGAAAGGUUCGACCGCGGUCCACUCUUCCUUUAUGCCGCUCAAUACUGGCCGGUGCAUUUCUAUCACGCCAAUGACGCAGUUAAGGACCCGUCUGAGUUCUCACGUCCGUUUUUUGGAGUCAAGUCUGCCAUCCGAGACAGCUGGUGGAGAUUCUAUUGGGAGCAGGAGAGGAACGGCGGGAACGCGCCCGCGUUCACGCUCCUUCAUCUCGCUUCGUAUCUUGGUAACGUAGCCUGGGCUAGAUGGUUGAUCAGCAAGCAUGUCCGCCUCGUUUCGCGCAAGGACAACUACGGCCGAACGCCGCUUUGCUGGGCCCUGCUCCUCGAUCACGGUGCUCGUGUCAAUGUCAAAGAUCGAGGCCGGUUGACAGCACUCCAUAUCGCGGUCAAUGGACAGCACAAGGACAUCGUGUCUAUGCUGCUCGGUCAUGGUGCCCAUCUGGAGAGUAAGUCUGAGCAUGGAGACACCCCGCUGAUUCGAGCCAUUCAAACAAACGCGAGGGAGAUCAUCCAGAUGCUGCUUGAGCACGGCGCGCGCGUGGACGAACUGCCCACCCCUUCAGGAGUCGCCUCUCUGAGAAGUCCUUCUGACCCGAUGGAAGAGAGGGUGGAAGAGCUACUGGGACUUCGAGAACAGAUCUUCCUGGCCCGGUAUAAGCAGGCAUCGCGAAAGAUCAACCUCGUCAUGAAGGCCCUCGGCCUUUCCUUCCGCUUCCCCAUCUUUGUGGCCUUCGACCGCUGGGAGAAUAUGCCUGUACUGCAGGAGGUCGCCAGGAGGCCGUACCGUGAAUUCUUCGUCCAGCUGGCCAUGACCGACCUGCCGACGCAAGUGUUUCGGGAGGUCGCCCCCGGGGAUCUGCAAGCCCUUCUCGUGAUCGCAGUCCUCGUCGGCUCGGAGGCCAAGCUCGCAGCUGUUCGACACGGGUGGAGAGAAGGCGAUGCCAUCACAGCCAGAGCAUUCUCGCAUUGGGCCGCGAUCGCCUGCCAGAGAGGCGCGGAGGAAUCUUUACACUACGGCGUCCGCGACUUCUUGAACGACUUCGAUACCUCGAUCCGUAGCGGCAACCGGGAGGAUAAUGUGGCUCGGACUGUGAAUGACGAGCCGCGGCCGAUCGAAUACUUCUCCGGGGUCAUCGCCGAGUUCUACGAAGGAUACAUCGGUGGCGGGCACGAAGUUGACCUGUUCAAUGACGCAAAUCAGGCAUGCGCCGGUGAAUUGGCCGGCAUCAGCCAAAGCCGCGAUUCCUCUAGAUUACUUCUCUUCCUGACAAGGGCAGGACGGGACCGCUUCCUCAAUUUACCCUCUGCGGCAUGCUUGAUUCUCUGCCAGGAGAAUGCCAUGUCUCACCAGUGGCUGAUUGGUGAGACGAUACCAGAGUUGAUGAGUACCUUGAUUUCCAAACAACCACCCGGAUCGCUUCGAAAGCGGGCGUGCAAAACCUUGGUGGAGUGCCUGAUCAUCGGAAAGCAACAUGGCUUGAUAUUGCAGGCGGCUAUAUUGCGACGAAGUGUGAGUGGAAGUCUGCAAUCUCUGCCCGACGUCCACGAAAUGGUAAGCCGGAUCAUUGAUAUAUGAAGCACUGCGCACCCUCUUGGCCUAAAGAGUGGUGAGGUACAGCGAGAGCCAGGUUGCAAGGAACAGCUGGGCCCCCUCUUGAUGAUUGCAUGUUGCGAAUGGCCUUACCGGGUUUGCUUUUCUGAAGGAGUCUGCUUGCUUAUGGCAUCGAGGCGAGGUUCGCAUUUCAAGUAGCGGUUCUGUUGAAGUGUUUUGACAUUGGGAGGGAUGCAUCGUACAACAGCAAGGGAUUUUAUCUAUCUUUCGAUGAUUCACAUGGAGGUCACUCAGUCUUCAC